AACAAUAACACAAGUCGUCAAAAAAAAAAAAAAAACAUUUUGCUUUAGCUUUUAGGUACUACAUAUUUUUUAAUUUUUUGCAUCAUGAACGAAACGAGAACCACUUCAAUUUUGCCGAAAUUCUAUUAUUGAACCGCUGUCGAUGCGGUCAAACAAGUAAAACUAACAUUUUAAAAAAUACCUAACGUUGUAAACAAAGUACAACAAAAUGCCGUCAGAAUCUAAGAUUCCUGCCCAAAUGGAGAAACCAAAUCAUUAUUCAUAUUUAAAAGAGUUUCGUGUUGAGCAGUGUCCAUUGUUUUUACAACAUAAAUGCACACAACAUAGACCCUAUACUUGUUUUAAUUGGCACUUUAUGAAUCAGCGGCGCCGUAGACCAGUAAGAAAAAGAGAUGGCACAUUUAACUAUAGUGCAGAUGAUUAUUGUACACAAUAUGAUGAGACCACUGGAGUUUGUACUAAAGGAGACGAGUGCCAAUAUUUACACCGAACAGCUGGUGAUACAGAAAGACGUUACCAUUUACGAUAUUAUAAGACAUGCAUGUGUGUUCAUGAUACUGACAGUAGGGGAUUUUGCACAAAAAAUGGACCGCAUUGUGCUUUUGCCCAUGGGAAUCAUGAUUUAAGACCACCUGUGUAUGAUAUUAAUGAGCAAAAGGUAACUGAAAAUGAUGAUGAUAAUAAUGUAGAUUUAGAUGGACCAAAUGUAUUAGAUAAAGAAAAAAAUUUAAUGAAUGAAGAUCCUAAGUGGCAGGAUACUAAUUUUGUUCUGUCAAAUUAUAAAACUGAUCAAUGUCAACGUCCUCCUCGACUUUGUCGACAAGGAUAUGCAUGUCCUCAAUAUCAUAAUAGUAGAGAUAAGAGAAGAAAUCCAAGAAAAUACAAGUACAGGUCUACUCCAUGUCCUAGCGUAAAACACGGAGAUGAAUGGGGUGAACCAAGUAAUUGUGAAAGUGGUGACUCCUGUGCGUAUUGCCAUACUAGAACUGAACAACAAUUUCAUCCAGAAAUAUAUAAGUCUACAAAAUGUAAUGAUGUACAACAAGCUGGUUAUUGUCCUCGUGGAGUAUUUUGUGCUUUUGCACACGUGGAUCAGGAAAUGAUUAUUGCUCGAGAAUCAGCUGCUGGAUUAGAUUCUUCAACAGAUUUAGCUGAUAUAUUAUCUAAUGCUGUGCCUUCAAUAGGGACCGAAUGUUUAAGAUCUCCGGUAAAAAAAAUAGAUAAUGACAAAAAUAGUUCAUCGAAUGGAAGUGGGGAUCUUUCAGAAUGCACUUCAAGUAUUGGCUCACCUAAUAAAGCCCCUGGUGCCCAUUUGUCAAGAUCUGAAUUUAAUGUACAACAAUUUCAAAUAGCUCAUGAAGAUACUAUACAAGCUCUUUUAAAUUCAUUUGAUUCUCAAUCAUUGUUACCUAAUGUUGAACCACAAAGAAGACAUAGUUCUAUAUUUGGACCUGUUGUAUCUAAUGGUAAUAGCAAUUCAUCAUAUAUGAAUCAUUUUUCUUCUUAUCAGCCAACUACUACUAUGAAUGGUAAUUUAGAUGAUUUAGUUAUGGAAGAUAAUUUAAAUUUUUCUGUUGAUCGAGAAAAUGAAUCUCCAAUAUUAAAUAAUCCUCUAUCAUCAAGUUUACAAGCCUCUGAUAUUUUAGGAAGUUCAGCUCCAGUCAAUAUUCCUCUUACACGCCAUAAUAGUAUUGGUCAUUUUUCUCCAACAAUAGCUUCUCCAUUAAAACAUAUGCAAAAUAAUAUCAUACAAAAAUCUAGGUACAACCAACAAGAUGGUUUAGGUCAUUUGAAUAUUGUUACUGGCAACAAUUAUGGCUCAACUGGUUUAUUUGGUAUUGGUUCUCCUGGAACUGCAAACACAUUUCCAAUUAGUCCUUCAAAUUCAAAUGAAGUUCAAAGAUUACAAGAAGAAUUAUUAAACUGUAGAUCAAAAUUAGUAUCUUGGGAAUCUGAACGAAUGUCACAAGUUAGGUGCACUUAUGAAGCAUGGCAAAGAGAGACUGAAGAUUCAAAUAAUAAAUUAAAAAUUGCAGAACAACAAAGAGAUGAAGCUAUCAAUCAAGCAAAAUCAUUACAACAAGAAGUAGAUUUAUUACAAGGUUCACCGUAUCUUCAUGGAUUACGUAGGGUCUCAGAAAUUAGAAAUUUAUCAUUAUCUGUAUUAAAAUCAUUACAGAGUCAAAUGAGAAAUGAUUUAGAAGAAAUAGAAAAGGUUUUAUACUUACAAACUGCUACCAAAUGCAUGUUAUGCGAAGAGCGUAAUAGGAGUGUCACAUUGGGACCUUGUAAUCACUUUGUGUUGUGUAAUCAGUGUGUUGAUACGAUAAAAGAUUGUCCAUAUUGCUCGACCCCUAUCUUAUCUCAUACUAAUACAUCAACAACACAGGCAUAGAUUAAAAAUUAUCUAUUUUAAGCAAUCAAAAACUUAAUAAUUAUGAUAAUACUAAUAAUAAUUGAUUAAAAUAACAUAAACUUUAGAAUGAAAAAAAUUACAACUAAUCAGUACUAGAUGCAUCAAGUAUUAUAAUUGUAAUAAUAUUCUAUUAAAUUAUAUAUUAGCAUUUUACAACAUUAGUAUGAGCCUUUUAUAUAGAAUUUAUAUUUGAUUAUUUUUUUAAAAAAAUAAUUUUUAUAACUAUUUCUUUUAUACUACAAUAUUUUACAGUUAAUAUGUAUUUAUUAAAUUUCUAUAGUUUAAAAAUAAUAUUUUAAUUUAAAUAUUAAUUCUAAUAAAAUAAUAAUAUACCUUAAAACUAAAAUACAUUAAAAAUAUGAAAUAAGUUUGUGUUGUGUGACAAACAUUUGAAAGUUCCAAUUCAAUUAAAAAAAUGAUUAUAAAUAGAUUUGUACUAAUGACAUAUAACAAAUUUUUCUGAAUGAAAACUUUUUAAAAUAUUUAAGUUAUAUCUAUAUGCUUAGGUAAAUGCUAACUUUGUAAUUGCUAACAUAUAAUUAAAUUGUUUAAUAAUAUCUUUGAGUCAAAUAUUUUGCUUAUAUUCUUGAUCGUUGACAUUAAAAUUAUUUUACAAUAUUAACUUUUUAUUGAAACCAAAAUAAAUAUUCUAGGAAUAUUAGGUUUUCUAACUUAUUUUACAUUAAAUUAAAUUUCAUAAUAAAUUUAUAAGAAAACUUUUUUUCAUGUAGAAUAAAUCAUCUCCAUUUUGCUUAGAUUUAAAAUAAAAAUCAAAUGAGAAUAAUUAUUUUACAAUAUUUGGAAGUUUGAUAGAAAAAUUAUAUAUUUUAAAAUUAGUUAAAAUAUUUUUUCUAAAUAACAAAUAUUUUGUAUGACUAAGGUUUUAUGUUAAUUGAUUCAACAAUUUUCCCAUUAUAUUAUGACACAAUUAUCAUUCAAACUCGUUGCUUAAAAUAAUUUUUCAAAUCUAUAAUUAAUGAUGUAAACCUAAUAAAUUUCUGUUUAGAGCUAGUAAAAAAUCAUUUCUAUUAACACUAGAAAUUAUUGUAUUACUUUUUUAUUAAAUAUGAGUGAAUUUGAACAAUCGUAUUAUAUAUAUUUUUAUUUUAACAUUCAAAACAAAACAUAAUUUUAAAAAGUAUUCAAAAAGAAAAUUUAUAUGAAGAUAGUUUUUACAAAUUUUAUUUAUUUUACUAGACAUUUAUAGUUGAAGAAAAUUUGUAUAUGAUAUAUUGAUGAGCAUUGGUUUUUAUUUUAAAUUAUUUUAUUGUUUUUUAUAUUUUUGAAUGUGAUAGUUAUUUAUCAGAUUUUGAAAAUAAUUUAUAUUCUCAUAAAAACAACUACUAAAUGUGAAAUUGAGAGAUUUUAGGCCCUUUUGAUUUUACCAAAUCUUAUUGAUUAUACUCUUUAAUUAUUAUUUAUUGCCUAUAUUUAUUUAAAUUAUUUCUGUGGUAAUUAUAUUUAAUUCCUAUUUAUGUCAUAAUAUAUUAUUUUUUUAACUUUAAGAUUAAAUAUCAUGGUUUUGUAGUGUUAAGCUGUAGUCUGAUGUGUUUUACAUUUUCAUAAAUUCUGUAUUUUUUUUUUCCAUUAGGCCUACCAAAUAAUUGUGUGUUUUAGCGUGAAUUUGUUGGUAUCAAAGUCCAAACUAAAAAUGAAUAAAUCGCAUUUUUUUUUCACAA